GGUACUGCUCCUUCAAGCUGGAUGCCACUCACAAUACAACUGGAAGAAGAAGAAGUCCUUCCUGUGAGCCGUUAGCCUGUUAGCUCCUCCGUCAUGGCGGACCUGAACCGGCAGUUGCAGGAGUAUCUGUCCCAGAGUAAGGAGCCUAAAGGCGGCGCAGCGCGGGGCGGCACUGCGGUGGAGCUGCCGGAGGACCCGGUCCCGGGGAGCUGGUUCGGCCGCUGGUCCAGCCGCUGGUCCGGCAGCACGUCGGGCCCGGGCUCCAGCUCCAGCAGCGGUGUUUCCUGGCCCUGGGCCCCGGAGCCGGACGCCUGCCUGCCGGGUCUGACGCGCGGCCAGAGGCUGGUCGGCGCCGCGCUGUUCGCCGCGCUCUCUGCGCUCUGCUUCGCGCUCUCCGCGCUCUAUGCGCCGCUGCUGCUGCUCUACGCACGGAAGUUCGCGCUGCUGUGGUCGCUUGGCUCUCUGUUUGCCAUCGCGUCCGCGGCAGUGCUGCGCGGCCCCGCCAGGCUGUUCGCGGGGCUGCGCUCCUCCCCCGCGUUUGCCGUGUACCUGUGCGCGCUGGGCGGCACUCUGUACGCGGCGCUGCACCUGCACAGCACCGCGCUCACCGCCCUGGGUGCCGCGCUGCAGGUCGCCGUCAUCGCGGUGAGCGUUGUGUCGCUCGUGCCGGGCGGCAGCGCGGGGAUGCGUUUCAUGAGCGGCGCGGCGGCGGCAGCGAUCAAAAGGACAGUGAGCGGGAAGAGCCUUCCGAUCUGACGGGAGAACUGAUGAGGACCAAAGACUGUUUGAGAGAAACUUGAUUCCUGAUGCAGGAGUAAACUUUGACGUCACGCAGGUGUGCCCUGUCUCUCCUGCAGGAGCUCUGACUCUGAAUGUAAACACCAAAUAAUGAUUAAAUCUAUUUGUUUCACUCUCUGGUGUUCUGCAGUUCAUUCACUGUAACUCACUCUAAUUUAAAGCCUAACUCAGAGAUGUGAUCGAUGUUGGUAUGAAUAACCAAACCAGAGUUAUAUGUAUUAGUGUUUCCCCUACCAUUGUCUUGGAGGGGCGCGCCCCGCCAACGGAGCCCCGCGCCCCUCCUGAAACGCAAGGUG